AUGUUGCAGCCCAGAUUGCUGGCGCCUCUUCGGGCGCUGGAGCGGGCAUUCGCUCCCUCCUUCCGGUCGGCCCAGCCGGUCUACCAGCCGCAAUCCCUCUUCCAACGCACUCUCUCCGCAAACAUGGCAAUCCCGAAAGUCAUGCCCUCAAUCUCUCGCCCACUCCUCCCCUUCUCACAGGUUCGAUUCGCCUCGCACGCCUCGCAAGGAACUGCCAACCGACACUCGCGUGAUCCUGCUGGAAAGCGUCUUGGUGCCAAGCGCACUGGCGGUGAGUACGUUGUGCCCGGUUGCAUCAUUUUUAAGCAGCGAGGAUCGAAAUGGUUCCCCGGCGAGAACUGCGCCAUGGGCCGCGACCACACAAUCUACGCCACGCAGGCCGGCUAUGUCCGGUACUACCUCGAUCCCGAGCGACACCCGGAACGCCGGUACAUCGGAAUCGUUUUCGACAAGGAAGCGAAGCUCCCGUAUCCGCGCAACGCGCCCAGCAGGCGCAAACUGAACAUGGUUGGCAUUACUCGUGUUGAGCCUCAUGGAGCUCAGCCUGAUCUCACCGCUUCCAUCGCUGGUGUCAACGCGGACAACACUCAGGUCGCGUCCGUGGAGGCCAUCAACUCCGAGGACGGUCCUCAACUGCGCCCCGGCUACAUGCUAACUGGCAUCAUUGGACGCGCUGCUGAGAAUGCCGGUAUUUUUGCUAAGCCGUAUGACCGUGGUAAUCGAUGGCUUGCCUGGAGGAAGCGACAGGCCCGUGCUGAGCGCGCUGCUCAGAUGAAGAGUCUGAAGGGCAAGAAGAAGUCUGCCAAGAAGGCCAAAUAA